CUCAUUUCUCCUCCGGUCGGUUUGAUGAUAUGUUUGUUGGUUGUUUCAAUUCUUUUCUUCGAUCUCUAAAAAAAUCUCCUCACGAUCUCUCUUAUCUCAAGAUUCUCCAAGCCGUCCAAGCGCACAACAACGAUUCGUUGAAAAGAAAGACAAAAUCCUAAUUUUGGUGCAAGUCUUGAGUAGAAUAACAGCAUUUCUAAGACAUGGCAAACUCAUUGCGGCUUUAUCUAGCAUGCAUUAAAAAUACACUCGAGGCAGCCAUGUGCUUACAGAACUUUCCGUGUCAAGAAGUUGAAAGGCAUAAUAAACCAGAGGUUGAACUAAAGACGAGCCCAGAACUUUUACUAAAUCCUGUUUUAAUAUGCCGUAAUGAGGCUGAAAAGUGUUUAAUAGAAACAUCUAUAAAUUCACUCCGGAUAAGCCUCAAGGUCAAACAAGCGGAUGAACUUGAAAACAUACUAACCAAAAAGUUCCUUAGAUUUUUAUCCAUGAGGGCAGAAGCUUUUCAAGUACUGCGGAGGAAGCCAGUGCAGGGCUAUGACAUUAGCUUUCUUAUAACAAACUACCACUGUGAAGAGAUGCAGAAACAGAAGCUUAUCGAUUUCAUUAUUCAGUUUAUGGAGGCAAGAUAUAGAGAAAGAAAUAAGGGACUUGAAGGAAUCAGUGAACACAAGAGGAAGACUCGUUGCUACAGAGUUCCUGAAACAGUUCAUGUAAAACAGCAGUUGAGGUAUUAUAAUGUAAACCACUCAUUGUAUCAAUCAGUCAUUAUUUGGUUAAAUUCCAUCUACACUCAGACAUUCACUUCUUUUUGGUACUUCCACUGUUCUUCUUACACAACCCGAUGUCCCAAACCAUCGGCUUGGUCAUUGUACUGUAUGUAACUCAAAUACUUCUAAAAAAUGGUGUGUUGAUCAUA